AUGCGCGUCUAUCCCGGCAUUCUACUGACUGCAGCUCUCCUUGCGACAUCAAACAGCGCUUCUACAGCCAGUGACACGCCCCCAUCUGUCUCGCGAGAGGCAGCGGAGAAGGCAGGAGGGUUUCGGCACAAGAUUCCUUUCAUUUACGGCAAUAUGACGGGAACUUUGGUGAUCACGAUCGAACCGGGCAGUCUUCGCUUGACGGGUAAAGAAGAUCCUGUUAUGAAUGGCACUCAAAUGGUCAAUUUUACGCGGAUCAAGGACUUAGAAUCGGGUGGAGAAGAUCGAACAUUAUUUGGGUCUGCUAUACUCUGGAACUAUGUGCUGAACAUCUUGGAGGUUAGAUACUUGCUUCGCGUGAUCAAAAAGUUUGCUGGCGUGUUCUCGUAG